AUGGUGGGACCGAGUGGCUGGUUGGAGACUGACCCUACAUGGGUGACGUCAGACGAGUGGUAUGACCACCAUGGAGUGCGCCAUGUCUCUGGUUACGUCCUGGACUUGAACUUCAACACAGGCUGGAAGCGUGCACCUGAGGAGGGCACAUGGCAGCUGACGUUCGACCUCCAGACACCGAAAACAGUUUCCCGGAUUCGUUUGUUCCUGGGGCACGAGAUCGGCCCAGACGUGACGGUUUUGCGUUCGACAUCAGCAGGACAACGGUGGAAUGUUGUCAAAGAAUUUACUGAGGUGAUAUCUGAUGAAGCGAAGAUGUUUGAUCUGACUGGGUUUCUUUCCACUGGACAGCACUGGCGCCUGGAAUUUACCUCUCUGACUUCUCAAAGCAAAAUCUACGAGGUCAUGUUUUUCCAGGCUUGCUCCGGAUUGGACAGGACGGUCGUCUGCUCAGACGGAGACUGUGACGUGUAUGACGUCAUCUGUGACGGCAAAGUGGACUGUGACGAUGGGAGUGAUGAAGCCAAUUGUGAUGAAGAGGUGUGCCCGAAUGGAAUCAUCAUCACCAAGACACAAGUAUGUGACGGCAGAGAUGACUGUGGAGACAAUACAGACGAGGAACACUGCUGUGAGAGACAAGACAAGAAAAGCUGCAGAAAUGGCGAUUGCAUCACUAUGGGCUUUGAAUGUGAUGGGAAAGAGGAUUGUGCGGAUGGCAGCGACGAGAUUUCUUGUUCUGUCUCUACCUGCACCAACGGCGCUCUCUUCAACCCGGCUACGAGAUGUGAUGGUCGGGAUGACUGCGGGGACAACAGUGAUGAGGAAAACUGCACUUGUUACUACCUACAGGACAAAGGGGCAAGCUACCGGGGAAGGCUAAAUUACGUAAGUGUCGCACAAGAAAAAACAUCGGCAUGUCAAUACUGGGCAUCUCAGCAGCCCCACGCACAUAACCACACCCCAGAGAACUUCCGAUCGGCAGGGCUGGAGAUGAACUACUGCCGGAACCCAGACAGGAAGGACAGGCCGUGGUGCUACACUAACAACCCGCUCAUCAGGUGGAUGUACUGCGAUGAUGUCUUCGCCUGUGAUGCCUUGCCGACACGAUGCUACUACGAACGUGACAAGGGAAUGAGUUACGCAGGGCACGUAAAUAGCCAUCCCCACACACCACAGGCUCAUCCUGAUGCAGGCCUGGAGGAGAACUUCUGCCGUAACCCUGACAACAAGGAGCGGCCCUGGUGCUACACCACGGACGCGGUGUGGAGAUGGGACUACUGUGAUGUGGUGGCAUGUGCGGAUCCAUCUGAAUCUGUCUACGAAGACGACCAGUGCACAGUCGGUCGUUCUUGUAAGGGUAGAUCCAUAUCUUGUUAUUGUGACGAGGACUGCAGCUUUUUCGGUGACUGCUGUGAAGACUUCAAGGAAGAAGGUAGCAGCCUACUGACCAUUCAGCGCCGCGAGAAGUGGAAGUGCCUAUCAGGUUACUACCCGAAGGCAUCCUAUUGGUUGGUGGCUGACUGCCCAGACGACUGGGCUGAUGACGUCACCAGGGAGGCGUGUCUGAAAGAAGUGGAUACCUACAACUAUAGAGACCUGAUUCACCGGAUGCCCGUACAAGAUGGUUCAACAAAUAUCCCUUACAGAAAUAUUUUCUGUGCUCGUUGCAAUAACGCAUCUAUGUCAGAAGUAUUUGUUUGGCAGUAUUCAGUAACGUGCUCUGGGUUGAUGAACUCCUCCACGCAGUUUGAUCUGAAAAGUACACAUCUAUACAGUGAUAUCGUUGACGACAUUUCUCUUCUAGACUGCACUGGAUCUACUUUGAUGCAAUUUGUGACUGAACCGAAUCCGCCAAAACUUGCAAGGUCAUGCAUCUCUCAUGACGUUGAAAUGUCGGAAGGACAUUGUGAUGCCAUCCAAUGCACUUCUUACACUUCACCGUUGAGGGACUUGCAUGCCACCAAGACUUACAAAAACAUACACUGCGCUCUUUGCGAGGGUCUUUCCCUUGAAGCUACCAAAAAUUUAGUAUGUGACACUGCCUUACAAUCUAAUGUUUGCUUUCCAAGGUGUAUGUCUUUGACUCACUUGUUUAACUUCAAUGAUGACCAGGAUGAUGAGACCAGAACUGACCAGUGCCCAUCAGACACUCUAUACGACCCUUUUGUUGACACUUGCCGGCUUUACUCAUCCACUCACGUAGAUGAUGUCUCUUCAAACAAAAGUAUCCCUUUUCAAAACUGCAGCAACCACACCGCUAACUUUACAGCGGAAGAGUUUAAUAUCCUUCCAAACGGUACUAUAAACAGGAUGAAUUCCUCCGUGUCUUGCCCAGUUAAACAGACCAUUAAAAACUGUAGCAAACCAUCGUUGACUUUCACUGAGGAAGAGUUCAAUACCCUUCCCAAUGGUAGUGUACAUCUGGUGAGUUCUAACGUGACUUGCUCAGCUGAACAGGUGACCAUUCUGAACACAUCAGCUUUGGUUUGUGGGGAGUGCAUACUUGAGUAUUUCCUCAAUUUCACAAACGGCGACCGUACGACGAACAGUUGGGAAGAUGACCAAGGUUGGUUGACCCUGGGUCUUGUGAUUGUGUCUGUGGUCGCCGUGUUAGGUUUUGUGGGUUACACUGUCGGGUCUGGCAACUGGAAGAAGGCACCAGAAAAGCUGAAGGUUCAAAUGUUGACAUGCAUGGCAGUUGCAGAGUCCCUUUUUGUGGCCCGUCUGCUCCCCCGUCCCGGAGUAGGGUGUGUAGUGUAUGGGAUUAUUCUGCACUACUUUCUGCUGACGGCCUUCACAUCUAUGAACGCCCUAUCUUUGGAUCUCUUCCUCACAUUUCGCCAGGCUUCAGAACGAGCCAAACUGCGUACGUACAUGCUGUACACCUGGCUUAUACCAUUGCUUGUGGUCGCGGUGACGGCGUUUGUGGAGUUCUGUCCCUGUAGCUCUGUCAGGGUGGGUUACGGAGACCACUGUUGGAUUGGCAACCCGACCGGCCGGCUGGUUGCUUUUGGAGUUCCUGUCUUCUGUACCCUUCUGAUCAAUGCUGUUUUGAUCACCCAGACCCUGUUGGCCAUACGGAAGGCAUUUAAUAUCGCUGACGCCGCCUUGUCCCGCUCGUGGAGCAGUAAGGCCUGGGUCUAUGUCCGUAUCUCAUUUCUGAUGGGGUUCACCUGGAUUCUCGGCUUCAUUGUGCCUUAUGUCGACAGCAGGGUUCUUGAGUACAUCUUCAUUGUACUCAAUGGUUCUCAGGGCUUUUUACAAGCGCUGUUGCUGACAAUGACUUCGAAAGUAAUGCAGAAGUGCUGGUCUGCGAUCAGGGCACGCUUUGGCUCGGGCGAACCUAAUCAGAACAACGGACGAAGUGCUGCUACAGGUUCCCCUGUACAACUGACGUCACAGCAACCGGAAGUAGUGUAAGUGCAGAUUUACCCAUGACAACUUUUGUCCGCGUUGAAGAAAAUAAAGCUGAAGACAAACAUUUGGCAAAUAUUCCUGAGGGCGAAGAACACAAUCCUAGCGAUUGAUGUUCUAUUGUUUAAGAAUAUUAGAACCAAAACACACAUCUCUCUAGCUGGUGCAGGAAGCGAUAUUUUCCAUGUAUUGCUCUCAUGUUCAACUCAUAUAUCCG